AUGGAUGAGGAUCAACUUUUAGAUUAUGAGGAAGAGCAAGAUGAGACCAAUGAUACAACGAAAACGGAAAAUGGUGCGCCUAAUGAGAAGAAAAUUAAGGGAACAUAUGCAUCAAUCCACAGUAGUGGAUUUCGCGAUUUUUUGUUAAAACCUGAACUGCUACGUGCGAUCGUCGAUUGUGGCUUUGAACAUCCAUCAGAAGUACAACAUGAAUGCAUUCCGCAGGCGAUUCUUGGCAUGGAUAUAGUUUGUCAAGCAAAAUCUGGAAUGGGUAAAACAGCAGUAUUUGUAUUGGCAACUUUGCAACAACUUGAACCAGUAGAUGGUGAGGUAUCGGUAUUGGUGAUGUGUCAUACACGAGAAUUGGCUUUUCAAAUUUCUAAAGAAUAUGAAAGAUUCAGCAAAUAUAUUCCUGGAAUUAAAAUAAGUGUGUUCUUUGGCGGCAUACCGAUUAAGAAAGAUGAAGAAACUUUGAAGAAUAACACUCCCCAUAUAGUUGUUGGUACGCCAGGUCGAAUUGCGCAACUUGCUCGUCAGCAUAGUCUGAAGCUAAGGAAUAUCAAAUAUUUUGUGCUGGAUGAAUGCGAUAAAAUGAUUGGCGACAAUGAUAUGCGACGAGAUGUGCAAGAGAUUGUUAAAAUGACCCCGCAGGAGAAACAAGUGAUGAUGUUCAGCGCGACACUGCCAAAGGAACUUCGAAUUGUCUGCAAAAAGUUUAUGCAAGAUCCAAUGGAAGUCUAUGUAGAUGAUGAAGCAAAGUUGACAUUGCAUGGUCUACAGCAGCAUUAUGUGAAAUUAAAAGAGCAUGAGAAAAAUAAAAAAUUACUUGAACUUCUUGAUCAGCUGGAAUUCAACCAGGUUGUCAUUUUUGUUCGUUCUGUUCAACGUUGUGGAGCUUUACAUACCUUGUUGUCUGAACAAAAUUUUCCAAGUAUUGCAAUUCAUCGUGGCAUGUUGCAAGAGGAACGACUUUCGCGGUACCAGCAGUUUAAGGAUUUUCAGAAACGUAUUCUUGUUGCAACGAAUUUAUUUGGCCGUGGAAUGGAUAUUGAACGUGUUAAUAUUGUUUUUAACUACGAUAUGCCGGAAGAUUCGGAUACCUAUUUGCAUCGAGUCGCUCGCGCUGGUCGAUUUGGUACUAAAGGUCUUGCAAUUACUUUCGUUUCGGAUGAAAAUGACGCAAAAAUAUUGAAUGAUGUUCAGGAUAGGUUUGACGUAAAUGUCACCGAGCUUCCAGCUGAAAUUGAAGUUGGAACAUACAUCGAAGGUCGGUCAGGUUAA